UUUUUUUACGCCACACUAAUAUAGGAGAUCCAUUUUCCAAUGGAUACCUGCUGGAAGCCUUAAAUCUGUCAGUGCAGCUUCCAGUCAAUGGUCUGCAAACUGUAAGAACGCUGUUGUCUGCUGACUUGUUUGAUAGUGAAACUAGGUGGAGUUCUGCCUUUGAAACUCAGCACAUAGGAGACUGCCUGAGCAGCAUCAUCGUUGUAGAUGAUGAUAUUGAAGUGAUGGGGCAUAAAAAGAAGCUUCUUGAAGAGCUUGGAGAGAGUAGACUUCCAUAUAUGACACCAGCAGAUGCUGGUUUCCAUCAGUUGUGGAAGACCAAAUAUUCCAAACUAAUUUUCAGGGCAUCUGAUACAGUACCCAAGGAGCUCCAUCAAGUGGUACAAGAAGCCUUUUUGACCUUGCGAAAACAUGACUGUUUCUUUCAAGAUCUUGUAAGGAUUAAAGGAAAAGAUUUUGUCACCCCAGUGUCUCGUAUAUUAAUUGGAAACCCGGGAUGCACUUACAAGUACUUGAACACAAGAUUAUUUACAGUUCCUUGGCCUACUGAGGGUUGUGAAAUAAAAUAUUGCAGUCCUCAAAUACAUGAUGCCUGUAAAGCAUUAAUGCAACUUAAUGACUAUUUGCAUACUGAAGCAGUCCAGGCCUUACAAGGACAAAAUUCAUCUGGGACUAAAGAAACCAAAGAUACUGUUGUAAUAGAUAGGGAGCAGAGUUUUGAUACUUCUAUUAAGGAGAAAGACUCUGUUUUAAAAGAUCAAAGCAGUAGUUACGUUUCAGAGGAUGACUACACAAGGCUAAAGAACAGAACAUCUUUUAACUUGACUUUAUUAAAUUAUAUGGAUCCUCUGCAAAUGCUGUACUUGAAACAAGAGCCUUAUUUUGGAAUGGGGGAUAUGGCUGUGAGCUGGCACCAUGACGAGAAUCUGGUUGCAAGGUCAACAGUUGCUGUGUACAGCUACAGCUGUGAAGGUUCUGCAAUUGAAGAAAGUAAUGAACAGAACCUGAAGGGAAGAGACCCAGCUGUUUGGCAUGUAGGCUUGAAGGUAGCAUGGGACAUAGAGACGCCUGGAUUAGCAAUGCCCCUUCACCAAGGAGACUGCUACUUCAUGCUGGAUGAUCUCAAUAUGACGCAUCAACACUGUGUUCUGGCUGGUUUUGUACCUCGAUUCAGCUCAACUCACAGAGUGGCGGAUUGUUCAAGAGGAACAUUGGAGUAUAUAUUUGGUCGAUGCGAACUUGCGCUCCAGAAUUUACAGACUGAUUCUGAUUCAAAGGCUUUAUCUUUGAAAUCUCUGGGAGCUGCUGUUGUAAAGCAGGUGGAAGAAACACAUAAUGAGGUGAGAUUUGCAGACAAACUAUCUCAGCCUAACUCCAUGAGCAGAAUGCAUCUCAGAAUUAAUGUCAAUUAA